UAUUAUUGUUUAUACUUAUGUUAUGAUAUUCUCUGAAAUUCCCAAAAUUGUAUCAUGGGAAUAGGCUAUAUAGAGUGAAAUUGUGUUUACCGGUAUGGAGAGAAGUCGAUGAUGAGUAGCGACGACCUUCAAUGGCCCGUCCAGCCCGGCCGGCGCGGCGGGGCGGGGAUUGCUAGAUCUAAAAAUGCCUUGGCUGAUAGUGAUACUACUAAUUUUGAUCAAGAUGGAUAUGAUGGGGAAGGCUAUGUUUUCUCACCAUGUUGGGAAACUAAAAGAAGACCUUGGUUUAAAAGAAGAUGAGGAGAAGACAAGUACUUAUGAUCCUCAGAAAGAAGCAGAAGAAGAAGAACAGUUAGCAGAGCAAAAACAACGUCGAAAGGAAGCACAAACCAAAAAGCAGGCAGAGAGGGCAGCAAACCGCAACAAAAUCAGAGAAAAAUAUGGACUUAAGCAGAACAAACAUGACCAGCAAUUAGUAACCCAACAUGGAAAACCCUCGGGAGACUCAGAAACAUCUAGGGACGAUUCUUCUUUGACAAGGAGGACAUCAUCACAGGAUAAGAAAGAUGACAAGUGUGCUAUCAUGUGAU